CUUUACACAACUUGAGUAAUUCGUUCAGAGUAAAUUGGGGCACCUGUUUAUAUGACGUCACCAAAAUGGAUUCUUCUAAUAAGUUUGGAAAGUAAUUUAGAGUGAUUUAAAGUGAGUUUCGACUAGUGUUCUAACGAGCAUCCAGGCUGCAGACAGAUGUGAUGUAAACCAGAUCACUACUUGCUGAGUAUCUAUAGAACUGUAGCAGGGCAGUACAUGUCUCCAGCUAGAUUACACCUACUACAGCCAGGAGAUUACACAACACACAGGAUAGGUUAAACUACAGUAGUGAUUAGUUAAACAACAACAGUGAUUGGUUGCACUUCUGCAGGGCACAAACCUGAAUGAAAUCCAGAUAUUAGACAGAUCAGCUGAGUAACAGACCAGUAGGCUAGAGAGAGGCAGGCUACAUGCAACCUGGUUCCAUCACAACUAAAGUUACUUCAGUUGUUCCAUUCAGCACGCAAUUAAAUAUUAAUAAAUAAAUGCCAUCAAAAUGGCACAGCAGAAACUGUGGUUUCAAGGUGAUGUAGGAUAAACCUGGAGUCCAGUCAAAAAUAAAAUACAAUCUAAGGAAGUGGAGAUAAAUUUAAGUUACACUUCUAAAUGUUGUGUGCACAUCAUUAGUAUUGUUUGUGUUUUACUGUCAAGAAUCUUCAAAUAAGAAUAGUAUAAAGUGGAUUAAUGUGGAUUUAUUGGUAUCUGUGAAUAAUCUGAUGUUAUGGUGGUGCUUGACAAAUAUAGUGUGUGCAAUAGUGACCCCAUAUAAUGGAUUUCAAGUAUAUACACAGUGCAGGAAUCCAGAAAAUCCAGUUGUGACUCUGUUGCAAGGUGUCAUCUUGCAGAGUUAUACAGCCACAGACAACCAUGGCAGGAAAACCAGGCACAGAGGAUGAGGUACUGCAGACCAUCUCCGAGGGACUUCGCAAGGGUCUGUCCCUGGGCAGCAAGUCUGUGCAGAAAAACAUUGUACAGAAAAAGACCCUGCGGAUCAAGUUUGAAUACAAUGGUGAGAAAAGGAGUAUCCACAUGUCGAGGCCAGUUACCUACGAGCAGGUGGUGGCUAAAGUGGAAGAGAUGUACUCAUGUCCUCUCAGUAUCUCAUUCACACAGGCCAAUGGAGAGAUACUGGGGGAGAUCACGUCUCAGGACAGCCUGGACUCGGCCAUACGAGUCGUGGACAACAACGAGAAGAUCAUCAGCCUCAGACUGCUCCUCACUAACAACCCCUCCCCACCCUUCACUAACAGAACCAGAUCUCAUGUGAGAGACUCUCCCAGCCCCCCUCCUGGCUCCCUACCCGAGCCCCAGCGCUCCUACAACCACAGUCUCUCCUGCAGCUCUAUCAACAGCGAGGGAGAGUUUAUUCCAGAGAAAGAUGGAGGUCUUGGGUCCAUGUCAAACAGUGUGUCCUCUCUAGACAGCAGCUAUGUCAGUGGGCAUGAGGCGUUCCGUGGGGAGACGUACCCUCUGCGUGGCAGCCACCGGACCUCAAGGCAGAGCAUCCUGUCAGACGGGGCCAUCGAGUCAGGAUAUGACAGUCAAAAUAGAUUCGGCACCUACCCAAGGAACUCUUACCCUGUGGCCACCAACGCCAACAUGGAUGUACACCGCACAUUCCCCCGAGCCACCAUGAACAACCGCGUGCGGUCUGAGCUGUCCACCACGUCCCUGCGGUCCCUGGCAUCCCGGGCAAGUGACGGCACCCUCAGUACCAGCUCCAGUAGCUCCGGGUACCCGCCAGACCCUGAGGACUCGCCUGAGGGGAGGCUCUUCAAACGGAACAGUGCCGAGGGCAGUCCCAUCUUCAACCCAGCCUUCUCAAAAUCACCGCGCUGUCCCACAAACUGGAGGAAGGGCCACAGGUUGGGCAGUGGGGCGUUUGGGGAGGUGUAUGAGUGCUUCGACCACGACUCGGGCAGGGAACUCGCUGUCAAGGUCGUCAAACUGAAUGGGAUCAACGCUGAUGUCUCAAAGGAGGUGCGGGCAUUAGAGAAUGAGCUGAUCUUGCUACGGAACUUUGCCCAUGAGCGUAUUGUGCAGUAUUACGGGUGUGCAGCUGAGGGGCAGGACUUGAUGAUUUUCAUGGAGUACAUGCCAGGGGGGUCAGUGUUUGAUAUCAUCAACAAGUAUGGGGCCUUACAAGAGGCUGUAGCUGGAAAGUACACGAGACAGAUACUUGAGGGCCUGGCAUAUCUGCACAAAAACUCUAUAGUGCACAGAGAUAUCAAAGGUGCGAAUGUUCUGCGGGACAACAAUGGUAACGUGAAGUUGUCAGACUUUGGUACUAGCAAGCGCCUACAGACCAUCAAGGUGCACUCACGGCAGGAGAAAGGGACCGUUGUGGGUACCCCCUACUGGAUGGCUCCAGAGGUCAUCAACGGGGAACACUACGGGCGCAAGGCUGACGUCUGGAGUGUGGGCUGUACUGUGGUGGAGAUGCUGACCAAGAAGCCCCCCUGGCCCGAGCUGGAGACCAUGGCAGCCAUCUAUAAGAUCGCGACGGCAGAAUUCCCCAAGUACCAGCUACCAGAGGGAACCUCCGACCGGGCUCAGGACUUCCUCAGACUUGUGUUUAGAAGGAACUUCCCAGAAAGACCAACUUCUGAAGAUUUAUUAAGUCAUCCAUUUGUGAACAGGUGAAAGUGAUAACUCCAUAGGUUAUUUCAAUUAUAAGUAAAGGUGGCAUUGAAGCCCCAUUUGCUGACACUGAUAUGGUAGCUACGUUGACAGGGUCUCUGUCUGUGAUGAAUACUGGACCUCACCUUACCUGUCUUCCAUUAACAUGAACUUGAUGCAGUUAAACUGGACAUGUAACAUGGGAAGUCUUUAUACUAGAGUAUUUUCAGGCCCGGUUUGGUAUAACAUUUCUGUAGCAUUUCCAGUGUGAAAUUUCGAAGAAAUACUGCAUUUAACUCAGCCAGUAUGUGAUUUUGCAUUGAUGUGAUAUAUUAUAAGUGCAUUGAUCAAAUAUUUGUAAAGUGUAAAUUGAUCAAACAAGAAGUUUGAUCAGCUACCUGACAGGCUGCAGAGUGGGAACCAGUUAUUGAUUAUGAGUGUGUGGUGGAUAUGGAACAGAGAACCAGCCAGGUACAUGGGACUGGCCUGCAGGCUCCAGAAAGUUGGUAGAUCUAGGAAAAGGGAGCUUACUCAGGCAGGGAUCCAGACUGCCUCGAUGUCAUGGAAUAGUCGGUGUUGGAUAUUUAAAAAUAUAUUUAUUUAAAAAAAGAAAAACAGCAUACAGAAAUAUUGAGAUAUAAUAGUCUUUCAGUAAGAAUUAUGACAUUUAUGUGCUGUGUUUUAAGGUGGCAUAUAUUUUUAUACAGUUAUUGUUUUGUACUUGAAUGUGAGUUAUAUUAAUAUAUAUGAAAAUUUCUGAAAGCUUCUGACAGAAGAAACAUGAUGUACCAUACCAUGACAGCAUCUGUUAUGUAAACAGCACAAAUGUCAUGUCAGGCACCCCACCCCCCUGAUAUCUAGUUCCUUAUAAGAUAACAUUUUUCAAAGUUAUCCCCCUAUUUAUGUCCCCCAGUCUAUACUGGGGGACAUAUUGUUUUUGCCCUGUCUGUUUGUUGGUUUUUUGGUUUGUUUGCGUCAAACUUUAACAUUGACCAUAACUUUUGUAAUAUUGAAUAUAGCAACUUUAUAUUUGGCAUGCAUGUGUAUCUCAUGUAGCUGCACAUUUUGAGUGGUGAAAGAUCAAGGUCAUCCUUAAAGGUCAAAGGUAAAAAAAACAAAUCCAAGGGAAGUAACAAGCUUUAAAGGGAGAUAAUUUAUAUUUAUCAUUUGGCAGGUACCGAUCAUUUUUACACAAGGGAAGUAAUAUUUUUUAAAGGGAUAUGAUAAAAAAAAAUAUUUUAAUCAAAGCAGCGCAGUAGGGGGCAUUCUGUUUCUGACAAACACAUCUCCACAAUACUUUUAAUGUUCAAUGCAAUAAAUGAAUUAUAUAAAUACAUGUUAUAUUCAAAGAACAAAAUAUUAUCAUUUACAAAAUUAGCUUUCCUUUGGAAACUCCAUUCAGUCAAAGCAGAUCUGUAUGAAUGUUUGUCUUGAUCAAACUGUUUAGGAUUUCACACAUUGUGACAGGAAUGACAGUUGAUAUGAAUGUGAGUAGUUGUUAUGUUUAUGUAUGUAUUAGAUUUUCCAAAACAUUGUGUUUAUGAAGAAGUGUUAUAUAUUGUUGCUUGUGGUUUAGAGAUGUUGACCAUCACAGGGGGCCGUAUUGUUUUAUGUAUAACUUCAAGCAUUUGAUUGUCACAGUAACAACUAUCAUUUUCAACAUGUUAGAUACACUGGUCUUUUUAGCUCACUUGAGCACCUUGUGCUCAUGGUGAGCUUUUUAGAUAACUUUUUGUCCGUCAUGUGUCAUCCGUUCUCAACAUUUUGCCUUGUUAACACUCUAGAGGCCACAUUGUUUGUCUGAUCUUUAUAAAACUUUGUCCAAAGAAUUGACCCAAUUAUGUCUUGGUCAUGUUUGAAACCGGGUCACGUGAGGUCAAAACCUAGGUCACGAUGUCAAAUAAAAGAAAAGCUUGUUAACACUCUAUUUAUUAUUGAAAUUAUGAAUCCUACAUACUUCUUUUAUUGACAAACCAUAGCAGCCAAUGUUUCGCCUUUGUUAAUUGUGAUGUUUUCACAGGAAUAACUGGGUUUAUGCUUUAGCAGCUUAUGCACACUUGUCCACUGGUAAGUCUGUCUCACCUACAAUCAUUUCCAUAGCCUCUGUAUAGCAAACUGGUGUUAAACAUAAAUACAAUACAUACUUAUUCUUAAGUUAACUUUUUACUAUUUAAUUAGUUGACUUGCUUUGUGUGUCAUUGUAAAAAUGUUUCUGAGACUGACACUAUCUUAAUGGCCUACAUAUAUCCAAGCCCCUGAUCUAGAAGGCUGUGCAGACUGCACAGGCUAAUCAGGGACAACAAUUUACACACAUGCAUUAAGUCAAGUUUUCCCAAAGCGACACUCAAAUCCAGCUAUUGUAAUGAACUGUUUUUCAUCAGAACGUUAUAUCAACGCCUCACUUUUGAGGGGUUUGUUGGUUAAGAGAUCUGUCGUAGUUAACAGAGCAUAAUUAUUGUAUUUUGUUCCCACAAAAUCGGGGCCAUUAAGAAUUUUACUUGUUGUGUUUGCUCAAUAACUCUGGAUCAUCUAGAUUCGAACUGUAUGUGGUCCACAACAGCGUUUGUUAAAUUAGAAAAAUAACAAUUAAAUUCUUUUAUCUUCCCAAUGACUGAAAAUCUAUUAAAUGCUUUAAAAUUGUCAGUGUUUUUUUUUUUUUAUUUUCUCUGGAAACGAAGUGUAUUUGCCUGCAUUCAUGUUGUAAAUUCAUCAUACAUCCUUCAAUUUUAUAAAAACUUAACACACAUUUUUACCAUGUCAAGAUUUCACAUUUAGAUAAAAAACAAACUGUCCUGAAAGUGAAUUUAUGCAAGUCCAUAGCAUAGGUCACUAGAUCCAAACUUAUAAAAACCCUGUUACCACCCUACCACUACCUAUGACUUAAUCUUGAUUGGACUUGGUCAAAAUGGUUAUAUUGGCAAUAUUUUGACCAGGUUUGAAUAUGUGUCAUGGUAAUUGGUGAGCCUUGAACCCUGAUUGGGCUUUAAUAUCAACAUGGCCCUCUUGUGUAGUUAUUACGAAUUUCAUCUUGCUUAAUAAGCUUACAACAGGCACAUAGUUUUAUUAAAAUUGUUUGAUAAACAUCUUUAUUGUUAAUGAGCUUGUUUUUGUUAUGCAUAUUUGUAAUAAAUAUGAAAUGUUGAAUAAAUGCCUACAAUAAAAUGUUAAAUUAAAA